AUGGCUCCACCAAAGACCAAGACCCGCACACGACGAUGGCGGUUCACUCAUCGUCCGUUCGGGUCCCGAACCGCCCUCGGCGUCGGCGGUCUCGUCGUUGUCGUCAUCUGGAUCGUUGUGGCCCUUUGGUGGGGCAACGUUUUGUACUGUGCGGACGAGACCGUCGGAAUCUGCGCGUGGACAGUCUGGUCCGUCCGAACUCCCCAAUCCCCUACUCCCUCCUUGCCCCCGUCGUUGCCGCGUGGACCGCCAGCACGACCGUCACCACGUCGGACCGAUGCACCACCCCGGGUCGUCUACUGGGACGACGACAAUACCAAAGGCCACCAUCACGUGCGGAUACGUUCUCCCCAAUCACCGCCGUCACUACUAUUCACCACUCCCAUUCGGUACCCCAGUAUUGCGUACGAAAAUAGAGUUCUCCUACCCCGCGACGACUUCAUCCGCGAAACCGACAAAGUUCCGCUCUCCGAAGACGGCAACACUACCUGCCUCCCCCUCGCCGAGUGGCAGACCCAGUCAUUCCCCAACUGUAACCUUGUACACGAAAUAUCCCUCUUGCAGACACGAGAAGGUGCUUCACUCCGCACGGAUGAGGGCCGUUUGUCCAAGCUCGGCGAAGGUUGGUUCCGGACCACCUGGAAGUACGAACACACGGGCCAUCACGACACCACCGCUGUCCCCGCCACCGACAAACACAACCGACACCAUCACAAAACACCCUUCCAACCCGAAACCGUCGUACUGAAAACCCUCCGCAUCGUUCGGGAAUUCGAACCCGAGUACUACGAACUCCACCGCCGCGACGCCGUCGCUAUGGAACGACUUACCCAUUCCGAUUACGUCGUCAACGUAUACGGCUACUGCGGACAAUCGGCCGUCAACGAAUACGCCAAUUUCCCCUUCGGCGGCGUGGCCAAUCUCGAAGACUUUGACCGGCGCGUCCGGGGCAAACACGACGCCCGCGCCAUGGCGAUCAAACUCCGCCUGGGCGCCAGUGUCGCCUUGGGCGUUGCCCAUAUUCACCAAGCCGGUACGCACGAUCCCUACGCCCCGGCCGGAAUGGUCCACUACGACCUCAAUCCCCGCAACGUGGCGCUCUUUGCCGGCGGUAUUCCCAAAAUUAACGAUUUCAAUAUCGCUGAAUUUCUCACCUACAAUCCCGCGACCAACCGUACUUGUGGAUUUCCCGGCCGCAUGCACCAACCGUGGUGGCGGGCGCCCGAAGAAGUCGGGUUCGGGAACGCCAGUGGUACCGCUCCGCUUCUCGACGAAAUGGUGGACGUGUACGCCCUCGGGAAUUUGCUCUUUCACGUACUGACGACCCACGCGCCGCGCGGGAAAAUGAAAGCCUACCGGAUGGACGAGGUUCGCGAGGUAGUGGCGCGGGGGGACCCGCCGGUGCUGAUGGGACACUUUGCGACUUCCAAAGAUCCCGUCGUCCGGGCGUUCCGCAAAGCCAUGGAUCUGUGUUUCGCUAAACGAUCCGAGGACCGCGGGACGGCUUACGAAGUAGCUAUUGUGCUUUUGGACGCCUUGAAGAAUACCAAAACCAAGCAUCGAUUGCCGCACGAACAACCGGAGGAAGAAGAACAGGAACCGGACCCGGUUGUCGAGAACGAAGAGCCGGACGACGAAUCCGACGACGAGUCUGAAGACGUGAUUGAACCCAAGGGCUGA